GACGCUUUUUACUCUUCCGGAAGUGCGUGGUUGAGGAAAUAUGGCGCACAGAGCAGUGCAUAUACCAGUGGUAUGCAUUGCUUCAAUCGAUUCGUUUACUGCAUUGUUUUUGUCUAUUUUCAUCGCUUUUGCAGCAUUUGAAACGGUGAACGCCGACAAUGUGUUCAGUGCCAGCCACACGGCUACUGUACCCAUCUCUGCCGCCAGGGAUCUGCGGUACCUCCUUUACGAUGUGAACCCCCCGGAGGGUUUCAAUCUGCGGAGGGAUGUCUAUAUCCGCAUGGCCUCCCUGGUGAAGACUUUGAGGAAGGAAGGGGAUGACUGGGUGUUGGUGUUGCCCCCAUGGGGUCGACUCUACCACUGGCAGAGCUCAAACAUCCAUCAGAUGCGCAUCCCAUGGGGGGAGUUCUUCAGCAUCACCAGCCUGCAGGUCAAUGUGCCUGUCGUUGAGUUUGAGGAAUUCAUCGCUGAAAACGGAGGCCCUUUCAUAGACCAGGUUCUGGUAUUGCAAAACUACGCUGAGGGAUGGACUGAUGGGAAAUGGGAGGAAAAGGUUGAUGAGCGGCCAUGCAUUGACAAGUUGAUGUACUCCAAAGAUAAACAGGGCUACUACAGGGGCUGGUUUUGGGGCUACGAGGAGACGAGAGCUCGAAAUGUAACGUGUAUAUCAGCCCAAGGGCAUGCCUCCAUUAUGUCCCCUGUCCUCCAGAAGAACAUCACAGCGACGUCGGUUAUGCUUGACCGAGCAGAGACACUCCUCCAUGAUCACUAUGCUGGAAAGGAUUACUGGGAUACCCGCCGCAGCAUGGUUUUUGCCAAGCACCUGAGAGUCAUAGGAGAUGACUUCAGAGCAAAGUACCUGAACUCCUCAGAUGACAGAGACUUUACUAUUUACAGUGAGGACUGGACUCGCAUGAAAGCCAAGUUGGGCUCGGCUAAAGGGGGUCCAUAUCUGGGGGUCCACCUGCGCAGGAAGGACUUUAUCUGGGGUCAUCGGGAGGAUGUACCCAGCCUUAAAGGAGCAGUGAAAAAAAUACGCAGCUUGAUGAAGAAGCACAAACUUGAAAAAGUGUUUGUUGCAACAGAUGCCGAUGAGGAAGAGUCAAAGGAGCUGAGAAGGUUGUUGCCAGACAUGGUGCGGUUUGAGCCGUCCACAGAGGACCUGGAGCUCUUCAAAGAUGGGGGGGUGGCCAUCAUCGACCAGUGGAUAUGUGCCCAUGCAAGAUAUUUCAUUGGAACUUCAGUGUCCACCUUCUCUUUCCGGAUCCAUGAAGAGAGGGAGAUUUUGGGUUUUGACCCCAAAGCGACAUACAAUCGUUUCUGCGGGGACAAUGAGAAGGAAUGUGAACAACCCACACACUGGAAAAUUGUUUAUUGAUGCAACCACUCACUUUCCUGACACACACAAGUGCCAACAGCAGUGUUAAAAGGGACAAUUAUUUGUAUGUAAUAUUAAAAUAUAUUUUUACUGUUUAAUGGGGUAUUAUCUUUUGUUUACUUUGUAUGGUUUCAGAAUUGUGCAAUCAGGUCUGAAGUGACCACUGUGACUGAACCUUAUACAAUGCCAAGACUUGGCUGCCAAACAUGUAUAACUGUAAUCGGAAAAUCUGCAAACAUUUCUUUUGGUUUUAUGUGGAAUAUUUAUCUUUUAAUGACAGCUUCAUUUUUUAAACAUAAUUCCUCAUAUUUAUUACCAGCACCACUGGUGAGAAAAAGUGACUUAUAAAGACUGCAGAAGAGUGUUGUUUGAAGUGUUGUGGUGGAGUAUUAUCAGUUUAAACUUUGUGAGAUUCAAAGAUGUUGAGCAUCUAUACAUUAACUACCCGUUAUUUAAUAAAAUUACAUUUUUCAAAAAUAACUGCACAAAAUGGUGAUGGAACAAUCGUAUAUUGCAUUUUUAAUAAAAGGUGCCCUGUGGAACUUUUGGAAGACAAAUAAAGAUGUGUUUACAAUUUAUUUUCAAAUAUGUAUUUUGUUACCCAGUGUUAUUUAAGUACUUUGCACAUUUCCCUAGAAAUUAGUAAGGAGCUGAAUAUUUCUAGCUCACAAUUUUUUCAAAUUAGCUGCAUUUGGUUUCUUUUCUACCUUGUUUCUGUGAUGUGAAUUAUGUUCCCUUUAUGCAUUGCCAGUAUUAACAUUUGUUACAUGAAAUUUCAUUACAAUAUUAUUGGUAAGUAGGAAAUAUGAAAAUCGUCAUAAUGAAUAUCAUGAUGAUUUUUGAUGGUGCUUAACUUCAUUACAUUUGUUCAUUAUGUGAUUGACAUUGACCAUGAUAGUAUCUUUGCUUAUUAAAAUAUGUUUUAAAGGAAUUCAAACGCCACAAA